AUGCCUUGGAAAAGAAGCAGCCUUUUAGAAUAUGAAGUUGGCAAUGAAGAAAGACAGGAGCAAUUAUCCAUCUACCGGGCACGAACUCAGACAUUAAAUGUUGUCCGAAAAUCCUGUAUUGAAUUGAGAAUUAUUCUGUACGACUUUACACUCCAGAUCAAUGUGCAUUAUCGAAACUGGCAUUUACUGUCAAAUAACGAACGAGAAGACUGCUUUUUUCCAACACUUCCCCCCUUGGAAGGAGUUUUGGACGGGGAAAGAAGAUUAUCUGGCUGGACCAGACAGGUUUUGAAGUGGGCGGACAAUCAAGACGAUUUUGCGGAUGCAACAAAGAAGGCCGCAAAGAAGGCCGCAGAUAUAAAUAUGGGACGCACUGGUUGA